AUGUCCCUGAGUUUUACCAUCUCCGCCAACUUCGUCCGGCACUUCAUGAGCAUCCUCAGCCUGGCCUGUCGGAACAGCGACGUGGUGCUUUUCCUGCCCGCCGAGGACGCGCUGGAGCUCAUCAGUGUACCUUCCGACCAAACCUCCCACCUGCGCAUCGCCAUCCACCGCGCCCAUCUCGAGGGUUAUCAGUACCUUCCCACGGCCGAGGAAGACGGGGGGGAAGGGAGGGGGGCAGGACAGCCCCACCUUUCCCAACGCGCGGGUCUCGUGCUCUGCGUGCUGUCGCGCUCCCUGCGGCUGACGAUCCUCCAUCAAAACAUCACCCUUCUUCAGCGGAUCCGAGUCCAGUACAGCGAGACCGCCCCCGAUAGGGUCCCGGAGGAGGGCGAUUUCGACGACCCCACGAGCGCGCAGGACGCCAGGGCGGGGAUGCUGCACUGGGAGUCCACCCUCUCGAAUGGGACGGUGAAGACCUUUUCCCUCUCUCCGGCCGAAUCGCGCUGCCCUUCUUGUGUUUCGACCGACCCCACGGCCUACCACUUCGAGCUCAGCGGGAGCGCGAAGGUAGUGGGGGGGCUGCUCUACAACCUCUCCCCUACCGCCACGAAAUGCGUGAUGGUGCCUUUGAAUGGGCGGCUUGAGAUACGGCGGAUGGUGUACACGACCGACCCCAUCCCCGAAGAGGACGGCAGGGCCGACGAGAUCAACGCCCCGUGGGGCUCCCGGCGGAAGGGCCGAGGCCGGGGCACCACUGGUGGCUUACCAGACGAAGAGCGAGGGAAUGGGGAUCCCGGCAGUGGCGGCAGCUCCGCGGUCAUCUCCGCGUACCCCCAGGCCUUUAACUCCUUCCGAUACUUCGAUCUCAGGGGGGAUGAGGCGCGAGGGAGGGAUUCCCACCCCCCAAGUAAUCCCGCUAGAGCCGAGCCACUUUUUAUUCCUUUGCCGUCAAAGCUGGUGGAUACCAGGCCGCUCCAACGUGCCGUGUACUUGGCGGGUCAGCUCGGCUUUCUCCUGCAAAUCCGCUUUGGUGGGAUAGGCUGUCCGAUCCACGUACUGGCCUCCGGUGGAGGGGGGGGCUCGGACUCGAUGGGACUGCAAGUCUCUUUUGAUAUGUACGUCGCGGCCCUGGAUAUUGCGCUGGAUAUCACGCAGCCCCAGCUCCCCCUUCCCACGCCAAGGAGCACCGUCGGGGAGAAAAAUCCAAACGACAGCAGGCCGACGGCGGUGCCAUCGGGUCCUUCCUCACAAGGCCCCAUCGCGGCCUCGCAAAUAAUAGCACCGACAGCCCUUUACCCCUCUCGCGAGGACACCAAACAAGUGGAGGAAAGCCGUGUAAACGACGACCCUUCCCAAGGGAAUCCAUGUGAACCCCGGAACUCUUUUUCCACGACAAAUACGCCGGUGGCGCGGCGGGACAACGUCCUGGCUACCCCAACCCAGGCCGUCGGGGAGGAUAGGGACGAACCACAGCAGCGGCGACGGCGGCUGUCGGAUUUAUAUCCACUCGAUUAUGGCGCCUUCACGAGCGCACAGGCGGCGGAAGAGGAGAAAGGCUUCGACGACCUCUUUGGGGAAUUCUUAUACAAGGAAGAGGAUGAUGACGUGCAGCGUUUUCUGCAGAAUUGUACCUCGAUGUUAUCGGAGGACAGUACGGGGGAGCGAUGGAGUUUGUGUUAG